CCUAACAUAUCUCGGGUGCCUCGCAUUCCAAAAUAAAAUCACUUCAUCCAAUCUCACCAUUGCCCAAAAUGAACCGGCGCAUGCUCACAAAAGACGACGAGGCGACCGCCGGUGACGAGGUCCAAGUUCGCCGCGAAGACCAAGAUAAGAUCAACAAGUUCAGUCGCCUCCACCAACGGGAGCUGAACUUCGAGGAAGAGCUCAAAGCAAAGAAUAAAGAGAAAGAAGAGCUUGACGAUGUAACACUAGAGCUUGAGUUAGCCGACGAAGAUGAAUUGGUGCCAUACAAGAUUGGCGAUGCCUUCUUCCACAUACCCUUAUCACAAGCUCAAGAGAUGCUCGCCUCGUCGACAUCGCGGAUAGACGACGAGGUUUCGGAGCUGGAGGACAAGAUAGGGUCCACGAAAGAGGAAAUGCAGCAGCUCAAGGUUGAAUUGUAUGCUCGCUUCGGAAGAAGCAUCAACCUCGAGACCUAGACACGACCAUCGACAUGAACGAACGAAUGGCACACUAGAAAUUUAUAUCGGUGACGACGAUAUCGGCGACUCAAGUCAAAUGGAACAAUUGAGGGAUAGGGCUCAUGUUUUGCAGCCAUAAACACGGGCAAAAUAUGGCAGCAGGAGAUUCCAGCAUCACCAGUGUGUAGUGCCAAAUAUGCUACAUAAUGGCAACUCAGGCUUGGCAUCGGUAUCAGAUGAAUAAGGGGCUGUUGUGGACAUCGAGAACAGGAUACGCCCCAACCAAUGAGUUAAUGGUACCCUGUUCUUACUUGGUUGCCCAACAGAUACAGCGAGGUGUAUUAAGUGGUAAUUGCAUGGAUUACCUAGAUAAUUACCUAGAUAGGUAUGAUCUCAACCAUGUGACGCAGGAUUAUAAAGAUAUAUGCAAAAAAGAUAGAUAAUAUUAAAAGCCCCCAGCCUUUGAACUGUUAUGUAUUGUAUAUUGAUGGAGCUGUCUCGAAGGUGUGACAACAGACGUUGAUAGGUAUUUGCUUCCAUGUUCGAAGUAGCCGCAACCUUUAUAGCAUAAAUCUCAUCCUGC